AGUUGAACGGAAGUGGGAUUGAAAUUGCGCACGGAUCUCCCACUUCGUACAUUGUUGCCGUUUAUCAACGUCUAUGGAUUGUUUUUGCACAUUAGCUUGGAAAUUGUAGACUAUUGACUACAAACAGAUAAUACAAAUCUGUCAUUUGGGUUUUACAAGAUGGCCAGCUGCAGUUUUCAGUCGCAGUUGGUAUCGAUUAUGGAGAUAUUAGCUAAAGCAGCUGUAGCAGAAAUAAACAAACGUGUAGAUGAUAGCUGUGCUGUUAUACGUUUGGAAAUGACCCAAAGCCAGCGAGAUAUUGAUGUACUGAAACGGAAGUGGCAAAUGAUGGAGAGCGAGCUGAAGAAGACACGAGGACGAGAUAGGAGAAAAGUUCUUUACCCCAUGUCAACAGAGAGAUUGUCAUAUCCAGUCAAGAUUGUUUUGAACAAGGAAAGGAGUAACUCACAGUGGAGAGGCAGAGAGGACUCUCCGUGCCAGCCUAUAGAUGUGGAGCAGAGAGUGGAGACUGAACCCAUACUGAUCAAAGAUGAGGAGACAGCAGAGGAUGUGUGGAAGACUGACCCUCAGGAAGAGCUCAGGAUCACUGGAGAGGAGUCUGGUUCCAAGCCUGGGAAAUCACCAUCCUUUGAGCAACGGCACUGUGAUGAGGACUUCAUCACACAACCCAAUAUAUCUCCCAAAGACUCAGUAAAACAUUACCCCAAUUCUGAUCGUUCAGAGGAACCAGGAACACCCCGGCUCGCAUCUACGGAGGUGUUCAGCGCAGAGCAACACCGGCCAGACGAGGACGACGACUCACUAGAUCUAGUGAUGGUGAAAGAGGAGGAGCUGGAUCAGACCACGACCCUGGCAGGACCUGACCAGUUUGUCAUGGAUGAGUCUGAUGGGCAGCUGUGGACCUCUGUGGAUCCAGGCAGAGACACUGACCCUGAUGGCCACCCAGAUUUCUCCUUUCAUUCCACAGAAGAGUACUCUCAGAAUAUCUCAAUGGUCCCAUCUCAUAGUGGGCUGUCAUCUGUUCCUACUAUGAAAGAUAAUGUAGGGCCAUCACUUCAUCUUCUAUAGGAAAACCACAUGCUAACAUGUUCAGUGCAGAAAAACACAUGAAAGGACAUGUCAGGACAUUGGCUGAUGAGACUAGACAACAGAUGCCAGAGGGACAGAGCAGUGAGAUGCUGAAUUCAAGUAAAGAAGGAAAUAGUUUAGCUCUACACGCAAGGCAGCAUCAAUACAGGGCUUCAGAAGCAACAG